AUGGCUGCACAAUCAGGAAAUCCUCGAACGAAUCGAGGGGAGACUUCUCUUGAUGCGGCAAUGCGAGCGCCUUCUACUACCACUCCAGACAUCGUCGUUCUCAGCUUUGUGGACGAAGAUAUUAAGGUCAAAGAAGUGGCAGAUCCUAAAAAGGAUCUCUGGGUAUCUAGUGUCGAUGGUCGCUAUUCAUCACCGAUGAUACCGAUUCGUGUCGGACCCCAUGCCCAAACAUUUUAUGUUCACCGCGAUAUACUCACCAAAUCGGAAUACUUCAGGAAGGCGUUGGACGGAGGGUUCAAAGAAGCCCAAGAUCAAGCCCUUGAUUUGCCUGAGGAAAACCCUACGCUGUUCGAGUUUGUCAUUGCGUUCCUCUAUGAGUCCAAGUACUCUCCUUUGCGUCCUGUCGCAGAAAUCCUAGUCGCCGAACCUGAAAAGGGUAAGGGAAGAGAACAGAACGAAGAUGGAAAUGCUUCAGGUAGUGAUGAUGGAUCAGACAGUGGAACCGCAAGCGAUGAAAGUGCCAGAAGUCGGAGAAGACGCGAAACUCGUCGCAGACGUCAAGAGCGAGCCUGGGAACAACGACAACGAAAGGAAUCUGGACGUCAUCGGCCGGAUUGCAAUUGUGCUCAAUGUACCGUGGAAACCUUUGGUCCAACCUGCUGGAACUGUGGCGUAACGAGAAGAAUACCUCCACCCAGAAAUCGUUGGAUGAAUGGUCUCCCACCACCACCUCAGCCAAUGCCGGUCAUGGGUCGUAAUGGUUAUCCUCAAGCCCCUGGUCCGAGAGAUCGUAGAAGAGGCUCUCGAAACAAUGCUUUGGAUGAGCCUCCUGUGGAGGAAAGAAUGUCUCAAGAAGACUUGAGAACCUGGUCAAUAGCGUAUUCUAUAAGCGUCGAAGUUUACGUUUGCGCUGAGAGAUAUCUGAUGCAGGACUUCAAAACUUGUAUAUCCGCAUUCAUCGUAAACAAUUUCGAAGUUGCUGGAUCAGAUGCUGCACUACCUUCGGUUUUGAAAUCAUGUAAAACUUUAUAUGAUGGUGUAAGCUCAAUGGAUCCUCUGCUCAAAAAAGUCUUUGCUAGAGUUGGUUUCUUGCAAGCUAGAUUGUGGAAGAAGUAUCCCGAGGAAACCUCAAAUUUCUUCAUGGACAAUCCGGAACUAUCGACGCUAAUUCUUAAGGAAAUGGCCGAGAGGAGAGAGGAGGAUGUCAAAGAUGAUUUGCCUGCCAUGGAUCGUCCUCCAUUGCCACCUUCGCCAAGAGAAGACAUAAUGCAAGACAACAGCGGGCACCACAACGAUGGUACCAUUGAUGCGCAUCUUUUCCUUAUACCCUCCGCGUUUAUGGAAGCAAAGGCUAUUGGGAAGGACUGGAGUUUGAGGGCAGGUCUUGGUCUUGAUCGCAAAAUCCCCUUUGCAGCUCCUCCAACUGGGAACAAUAGGUUUAGAGGCCCACAACCUCCUCUUCCUAUCACAAAUGGAACCUAUAACUCCAUUCAAACAUUUCCCGCUUGUCCUCAAAAAGGUAAUGUUGGAUCAGAGGACUGUCUUUACUUAUCCCUUUACUCUCGCCCAUGGACGUCCAAUCAGCCACUUCGACCAGUCAUGGUAGUUUUCUUCGGAGGCGGAUUCAUUCAAGGCGGUGGUUCGCUGGCAGUUCCCCCUUCGGCCUAUCCCAUUCUCAAUGUUUCUGCUCAGAACGAUAUACUCUUUGUAUACCCCAAUUAUCGUGUCAAUACAUUUGGAUUUCUCCCAGGAAGAGAGAUUGCAGAAGAUGAAAAUUCAGAUCUAAAUCCUGGACUGCUGGAUCAGAGAGCAGUUCUUGAAUGGGUAAAUAAGUAUAUCGAUCAGUUUGGCGGAGACAAAGAUAACGUGGGCAUUUGGGGGCAAAGUGCAGGAGCGGGAAGCGUGAUCGCACAAGUUCUCGCCACUUCCGGGGAAACCACUCCACCCCUCUUUAAUCGUGCUCUCGCUUCCUCUCCUUUCUGGCCCAAAUCAUACACCUACGAUGCUCCCCAAGCUCAAUCCAUCUAUGAUACCAUGACGGACCUGACAAACUGCACUGGUGCUAUCAAUGGCACUCUACAGUGUUUGAAAUCUCUAGAAUGGGAGGUUCUAGCCGAGGCCGCGCUAGUUGUUGCGGCGAGUCAUACUUGGAAUACUAGCAGUUAUACGUGGGCGCCAGUUAUUGAUGGGAAGUUCCUGAAGAAAACUUUGAGUGAAGCGACGGUCAAUGCGAAAGGUGGCCGUGGAGGCAAAGGGGAAAUCGCUAUUACAGGGGGUUGGGGCAUGUAUAAUGCGCAUGAAGGUGAAAACUUCGUCCCCUCCGGUCUUCAAAACGCCACCGACACCGGUACACCACCCUUCAAUUCCACCAUCGCCUCCUUCAACGUCUGGCUCGCCGGCUACCUCCCCUCCUUUUCCAAAUCCCAGCUCGAUGCCGUGCGCGCCCUAUACCCUCUUUCCGGCACUGCAGAGACCUUUCCAGCCUACAACACUACGUACGAGAGAGCAGGACUCAUAUACCGGGACUCGGUAUUGGCGUGUCCGGCUCUGUGGACGAGCAAGGCGGCGAGUGGGAGCGGGUGGAUGGGAGAAUAUACGAUCAGUCCCGCGAGACAUGGAAGUGAUACGAUCUAUUGGAACCAAGUAAACGCGGUCCAAAAAUCGCAACCGCUCAUCUAUCAAGGCUACGCAGGAGCAUUCGCCUCCUUUAUGGCCACCGGAAACCCCAACCAGCAUAAGCUGACAAAUGCAUCGGAGCCGGGCGUGCCAGAAAUCAAUACCGGCAUGGAAUAUGUAAUUGCGAGUGACGGGUUCGAAAAUGUGGGGAUUGAUGUGGGAAGAAAUAGCUUGGAGGCAAGGUGUGAGUUUUGGGCCAGUGUUGCGAGAAGCGUGCCGAUUUAG